AUGGAGAAAGUGGGAGAUAUCAUAUGGGAUAUUGCAAAGUAUUUGUGUGGUUGCGCCAAACAAGAAGCUGGGUUUAUUUGUGAGUUGGAAGAGAAUCUGCAAUCUCUGAAAAGUAAAUGGGAAGAGCUUGAAGCUAAAAAGAAGGAUGUGGAAAAACGAAUUGAAAAAGCUGAGCGCACUGAAGAGGGGAAAAAGACACAUGAAGUCGAUCUUUGGCUCCAACGUAUCCACAACAUUCAGAAGGAAGUAGAAGAUAAUCUAGAUCAAGGAGCCCAAGAAAUCCAAAACAAAUGCCUAAGUAAAUGUUGUCCCAAGAAUUGCAAGUCAAGCUACAAGGUGGGAAAGAAGGUUGCCAAGAUGCUCACUGAAGUAGCUGAUCUAACAACCCAGGGACAGAGGUUUGGUAAGGAUUAUCAAAUUACUCACAAGCCACCAUGUAAAGGAAUUGGUCAAAUACCUGUUGAUAAGACAGUGGGGCAAGAUUUGAUAUUUCAUCAGGUAUGGAGUAGUAUUGAAGCAAAUAAUGUUGGUGUCAUAGGUUUAUGGGGAACUGGAGGGAUUGGAAAGACCAACUUACUGAAGAAAAUUAGCAAUGAACUUGGGGAGAGAAAGCCCGAUUUUCUUGUGAUUUGGGUGGUGGUAUCCAAAGAGCUUAACUUGGAUGCAAUCAUGGACAAUAUAAGAAAAUCAGUAGGAAUUGGAAAUGCUACUUGGAGUUCUUGCAAUAAUCAAGAAGAAAAAUCUUCAAAGAUUUUGGGUGUGUUGAAGCAGAUAAAAUUUGCUUUAUUACUGGAUGAUGUGUGGAAGGGAUUGGACUUGAAUUUGGUGGGGGUGCCACAUCCAGAAGAUUCAAACUUUGAGUGCAAAGUGUUGUUCACAACACGAGUGGAGGAUGUGUGUGAAAAAAUGCAAGCUCAAGAGUCAUUCAAAGUGGACUUUUUGAAUGAAAAAGAAGCUUUGGAGUUAUUUUAUAUGAAAGUUGGUGAGAAGACUUUAAACUCACACCCUAGGAUCAAAGUCUUAGCAAAAGAAAUGGCAGCAGAGUGUAGAGGGCUGCCGCUUGCGUUAACUGUGCUAGGAAGUGCCAUGGCUGGUGUGAAAGAUGUUAAAGCAUGGGAGUCCUCAAAAAAUAAGUUGACAAGUUCUCCAUGGACCACUACAGAUUUGGAGACAAAAGUUUUUUCCACCCUCAAGUUGAGCUAUGAUCAGUUGCCAGAUGAUACUCAUAGAAACUGUUUCUUGUAUUGUGCAUUAUAUCCAGAAGACUAUGAGAUUUGGGUCACUGAUAUCAUUGAUAAAUGGAUAGGGGAGGGGUUUAUUUGUAGAGAUAUGACAAAAAGCAUACAAGACAUUCGCAAUGAUGGUCAAUCUGUGAUUGCAAAGUUGAAGCUUUGUUGCUUGUUGGAGAGUGUUGAAGAUGAUGUUGUUUUGCGUCGUUCAUUUAAGAUGCAUGAUAUGAUUCGAGAGAUGGCAUUGUGGUUAUCUUGUGACCAAAAUAAAAGAAUUAAAAGGGUUCUUGUACAAGAAGAUGCGAUAACAACAUCCCGUGAUAAUGUUGAAAAACAGAAAAUUGUUGAGAGGAUUUCAAUUAUGAACAGGGAAGCACAACAUGUAUCACCUGUAACUUAUCCCAAUUUAGUAACAUUAUUGUUGAGGCGUUGUGGUAUACAACAUUUGCAAAACCUCAAAUGCAUGAGCAAAUUAAAGGUGUUAGAAUUACGUUGUCCUGAUAUACGUGAACUUGCAGAAAUUGGUGAGUUGGUUCUAUUGGAAUAUCUUUGUUUAAACAUAGAUGGAUCUGAGUGUCCCAAGGAAUUGAAGUAUUUGAAGAAUUUGAAGAAUUUGAAGGUUCUCAAUUUGUUCUUGAGAGAUGGUGAUAUUGCAAGUAUUCUAUUGGGAGUGAUAUCAAGUCUUCAACAAUUAAGAGUGUUGAGAGUUGCUUGCCGGCGGGGAGUUAGAGAAAAUAGCGAAGCAGAGGGAGAAUUCCUGGAGGAGGUGGAAUCUUUGCCAAAAAUUGAGGAAAUAAAGGUUGCAAUAGAAACAGAAAAAGGCCUCAACAAGUUACUUCAGUCAGGCAAAUUGCAAGAUUGUAUAUAUGCUUUUCGCCUGCGUGAUUUGGACACCAUUGAGAUGCCUUUAUUAUUGGCAUGCGUUUCAAAAAUGAAUCACCUCCAACAAUUGGGUCUGUUUGAAUUAUCUGGUUUGAAAGAUUAUUCUGGUAUUUAUGAUGACACUUGUUGUCUAAGCAUGCUUCAAAGCGUGAUUAUCUCUGGUUGUGAUUCCUUAACACAUGUCACAUGGCUCAAGCAUGCUCCACAGCUUCAACUACUUGUCAUUGUCUACUGCUCAUCAGUGGAGGAAGUGAUAAAGGAAGAUGAGAAUGAGGAUUCUUCUUAUGUAUUCUCUUCUCUUGUAAACCUAUAUCUGUAUGGAAUGCCAAAGCUUCAGAGCAUCCAUAAGACCGCCUUGUCUUUUCCUUCCCUAAAAACCAUCACUAUAGGACUAUGUCCAAAUCUGAAAAGGCUACCACUUCAUUCCAAUUCUGCCAGACAACUAAUUAUCCGCGGACAGAAAGAUUGGUGGAACAGUUUGGAAUGGGACGCCAAACACAAUUUCCAAUCAAAAUUUCAGCCCUUCAGGUCGGAUGACGUCAACAUGGAUUUUCAAGAUCUGUUUACUGCGGUGGGAUUGGAUUUCCUCGUUGGUCCUUACAGCGCCUCUGAUUUCUUGAAAGGUUGA